GGAAGAACCCCGCGCACGCGCAGUGAAAGUUCAGCGCCGGUGAAGCAUCGGAAGCCUCUUCACCACGCCCGGCUUCGCGUCCGGUCCUUGGGGGACCACAGGGCCUCGUCACUCCCGCCUCGUCACCCACGCAGGGUUUCCCCGGCCCUCCCCGGCCGGGGCCGGUCACGACUGCGCGCGCAGAGCCUGAGUGGGCGCUGGAGGGAAGGGGAAGCGGCGGUGUAGUAACAGAUUAUGGGCAAUAGUCCUUUUAAUUAAUCUAUCAUCAUCAUGGCCAAUGAGGGCUAUCCCAAGGCUACCGAUAGUCCUUUUUCAUCAGAUAAACAUGCCCAACUCAUCUUGGCCCAAAUCAAUAAGAUGAGAAGUGGACAGCAUUUCUGUGAUGUGCAGCUGCAAGUUGGAAAGGAAACUUUUAAAGCUCAUCGGCUGGUUUUGGCUGCCAGCAGUCCUUACUUUGCAGCUUUGUUCACUGGAGGAAUGAAAGAGUCUUCAAAAGAUGUUGUACCGAUACUAGGAAUCGAAGCUUCAAUCUUUCACAUACUUCUAGAUUUCAUUUACACAGGGAUAGUGAACAUAGGUGUGAAUAAUGUCCAGGAGUUGAUUGUUGCAGCAGACAUGCUACAGUUGACUGAAGUUGUUCAUCUUUGCUGUGAAUUUCUGAAAGGACAAAUUGAUCCACUGAACUGCAUUGGGAUCUUUCAGUUCUCUGAGCAAAUUGCCUGCCAUGAUCUCUUGGAAUUCUCAGAAAACUACAUUCACGUCCAUUUCUUAGAGGUUCAUAGUGGGGAAGAGUUCCUGGCACUUACAAAAGAUCAGCUGAUCAAAAUUUUGCGAAGUGAAGAGCUUAGCAUUGAGGAUGAAUACCAGGUCUUCUUAGCUGCAAUGCAAUGGAUUCUGAAAGAUUUGGGAAAAAGAAGAAAACAUGUGGUGGAAGUGCUAGACCCAAUUCGAUUCCCUUUAUUACCUCCUCAGAGGCUUUUAAAGUAUAUAGAAGGAGUAUCUGAUUUUAAUCUUCGUGUUGCAUUGCAAACACUUUUGAAAGAGUACUGUGAAGUAUGCAAAUCUCCCAAAGAGAAUAAGUUUUGUAGUUUUCUGCAGACAUCUAAGGUUCGACCUCGGAAGAAAGCAAGAAAGUACCUGUAUGCAGUAGGUGGAUAUACUCGGUUACAGGGGGGUCGUUGGAGUGACAGCAGAGCCCUCAGCUGUGUAGAACGUUUUGACACCUUUAGCCAAUACUGGACCACUGUGUCUUCACUUCAUCAGGCUCGAAGUGGGCUGGGAGUAACAGUUCUGGGAGGGAUGGUCUACGCUAUUGGAGGUGAAAAGGAUUCGAUGAUUUUUGAUUGUACUGAAUGCUAUGAUCCAGUUACUAAACAGUGGACAACUGUAGCUUCAAUGAAUCAUCCUCGCUGUGGUUUAGGAGUGUGUGUGUGUUAUGGAGCUAUCUAUGCUUUGGGUGGAUGGGUUGGAGCUGAGAUAGGGAACACAAUUGAACGAUUUGAUCCUGAUGAAAAUAAAUGGGAAGUAGUGGGCAACAUGGCUGUGUCACGCUACUACUUUGGGUGCUGUGAAAUGCAAGGUAAUGACUUUAAAAUAUUUUUCCUCAGCUGGGAAAAGUGGGUUGAAGUUGCCUCAAUGAAAGUGCCUAGAGCAGGCAUGUGUGUUGUGGCAGUCAAUGGUCUUCUGUAUGUCUCUGGAGGUCGAUCUUCCAGCCAUGAUUUUUUGGCCCCAGGUACCUUGGACUCAGUCGAAGUUUAUAACCCUCAUUCAGAUACAUGGACAGAAAUUGGUAACAUGAUCACCAGUCGUUGUGAAGGGGGUGUUGCUGUGCUAUGA